CGGGUCACGCUCCCUUUUGCCUCCCCGCCCCUUCUGCUCUUCCCACCUGGGCCUCUGCGUGGAGACGCGCACCUGGCAACCCGGGGCCGCGCCGCGUCUCCGCCUCCUCUGCUCGGGCCGGGCGCCCGAGCCGGCCCCGCACGCCCCGAGCCAGUCCCCGGCGCCGCGAUCGCUGCAGGCGGCCUCGAGCGCUCGCUCGUUGAUGCCGUUUUGGGGGUGACCUGGCGCGGUGGCCGCGCCUUCAUGGUGGGGGCGUGUUCGUGAUCGCGGCUCCGCUGGACGUGGAGUGCGGGGCUGUGGGGUGAAGGGAGGCCCGCCGGCGAGACCCUGCGCGCAGUUCGGGUUUGGGGGCGCAGGAGGCCGCCGCGGCCGAACGCGAGAGCGGGAGAUGUUGGAGCUGAGGCACCGGGGAGUGUGCCCCGGCCCCGGGGGAGCAGUGGCGCCGCCACCCCCCGAGGGAGUGGCGGCCGGCGGCGACCACGAAGCCGAGAGCACCAGUGACAAAGAAACAGAUAUUGAUGACAGAUAUGGAGAUUUGGAUUCCAGAACAGAUUCUGAUAUUCCAGAAAUUCCACCAUCCUCAGAUAGAACCCCUGAGAUCCUCAAGAAAGCUCUCUCCGGUUUAUCUUCAAGGUGGAAAAACUGGUGGAUUCGUGGAAUUCUUACUCUAACGAUGAUUUCCUUGUUUUUCCUGAUCAUCUAUAUGGGAUCUUUUAUGCUGAUGCUUCUUGUUCUAGGCAUCCAAGUGAAAUGCUUCCAUGAAAUUAUCACUAUAGGUUACAGAGUCUAUCGUUCCUACGAGCUGCCAUGGUUUAGAACACUCAGCUGGUACUUCCUACUCUGUGUGAACUACUUUUUCUAUGGAGAGACUGUAGCUGAUUAUUUUGCUACAUUUGUUCAAAGAGAAGAGCAACUUCAGUUCCUCAUUCGCUACCAUAGAUUUAUAUCAUUUGCCCUCUAUCUGGCAGGUUUCUGCAUGUUUGUGCUGAGCUUGGUGAAGAAACAUUAUCGACUGCAGUUUUACAUGUUCGCAUGGACUCAUGUCACUUUACUGAUAACAGUUACUCAGUCACAUCUUGUCAUCCAAAAUCUGUUUGAAGGCAUGAUAUGGUUCCUUGUUCCAAUAUCAAGUGUUAUCUGCAAUGACAUAACUGCUUACCUUUUUGGAUUUUUCUUUGGGAGAACUCCAUUAAUUAAGCUAUCUCCUAAAAAGACUUGGGAAGGAUUUAUUGGCGGUUUCUUUUCCACAGUCGUGUUUGGAUUCAUUGCUGCCUACGUGUUAUCCAAGUACCAGUACUUUGUCUGUCCAGUGGAAUACCGAAGCGAUGUAAACUCCUUCGUUACAGAAUGUGAACCCUCGGAACUUUUCCAGCUUCAGAGUUAUUCACUUCCUCCCUUUCUGAAGGCGGUGCUGGGACGGAUCCACAGCAUUGCUCUGUCAACAUUUGCAUCUUUGAUUGGCCCCUUUGGAGGCUUCUUUGCCAGCGGAUUCAAAAGAGCUUUCAAAAUCAAGGAUUUUGCAAACACCAUUCCUGGACAUGGCGGGAUAAUGGACAGAUUUGAUUGUCAGUACUUGAUGGCAACGUUUGUGCAUGUCUACAUCACAAGUUUUAUAAGGGGCCCGAAUCCCAGCAAAGUGCUGCAGCAGUUGUUGGUGCUUCAACCAGAACAGCAGUUAAAUAUAUACAAAACCCUGAAGAUGCACCUCAUUGAGAAAGGGAUCCUGCAGCCCACCUUGAAGGUAUAACCGGACCCAGAGAGGGAAAGACUCAAUCGACAAUAAGGAAUUCUACAGAAAAGCACUGACAGACGAAAUUUUGUAAAUGUACAGAAAAAUGGUUGAAAAUGCACUAGAGUGAAGAUUUACAGACACGAAUGUUUCUUCUCUGAACUACUGUGAAUAUUUAACACACACUGACUUGAUCUAAGUUAUGAAAUAAGUAGCAAAUCAUCAUCAGAGUAUUCUGUACUUUUUUCUAAAGUGUAUUUUCUGAUGUUAACUUCCUUUCCCUUACUUGCCAUUUUCAUAAUUUAAAAGACUGUUUUAAAGAGUCAAAUACUAUCAAAUGAGUCAAUUGAGGCUGUCUUAAGAUUGCACCUGAAAGUGUGCCCUUUGCACAAAUAUUUACUUUUGCACUUGGAGCUGCUCUCGGUUUUAGCAGAAUGUUCUCUGGGAGGCACAAUAGGAAGUUCGUUCUCCUGCACUUCCUCCUCUUUUAGUUUGAAGUAUUUUCUGAGGACUGAGUUGGAUCCAAAACAAAAGGAAAGUAAGUAAUCAUUUGCCAGGGGAAAACAUUCCUCUUUUAGGUAGAUUUGAGAUUCAAGAGAGGGAGGCUGAAAUUUCUAUCUUUAUUGGCUGACAUCAGACUCUACUUCUGAUAAAGUUGUUUGGAAAAACCUGAUGUCGCAAAAGCUUUUGAAGAGAAACAAAGGGGAGUUCUGCUCUGAAGAACGUGUGCAGCCUCCACAGAUGACAAGAGCUCAGGAGACUGCGUAAGACAGAGACACGUGGCACAGGCCACUUUGGGUCUAGUUAGUUCUCUGCUUUUCCUUGUUCCCCUGUGAACUGGUUUCUUUAAGUUCUGUAGCCAUGAGCACAAAAGAUGAAUACGCAGGGGUAGAGAGCAGGGGUGGUGGCUGAAGCAGAGGGGGUGCCCCGCUGAGCGAGAGUGACCUGUCUGUGGACAAGGUUCUGUGUCCCGGGCGCCCCUACCCGUCUUCUUCCUGUGCAGCUGGAGACACUCCACUGGCAGGAAGCUUGGAGAUCUGCCUGGAGGCCCAGACCCUGACUGACUUCAUGGGAGCAGCUCAUCUCUGUCCCUUUCCUUUUUCACAUCAUGUCAUAAAACCGAAGGACAUCAGCUGAUGAUAUUUUUCUUCCAAGAAUGAAAAUCAAGCAGGAGUGAUUCCCACCGAGAACAAAAAGCACACCAAUGUCAAACCUUGCUCUGAUGGACAGGAGACGAGGACAAGUUUCUUACCAGUGAAUGCAAAUAAGCUCAUGUUGCUGUGUGCUCUUUAUAACCAUACUUAUUGUAUCGAAGAGGCAGCAGUAAACCUUUGAAAAUUGCCUAUUGCUCCUUGGCUAAAUGUUCAGAGAGGAGAAAUAGAUAUAUUUUAAAGAAUGUUUUACUAAUGAAAAGAGGAAAUAUUUUUGUUUAAAUCAAAAACAAAUUUUAAUCAUUUUAUAUUCCUGUUCUACUACUAUACCUACAAUCAAAGAGUGUGGAUAUGCAUGGGUCCCAGUACAGAUAUUCCUAGGAUGGCAUUUAAACAGGCAGCUUUAUCAAGUGCACUGCACGGUAGUGGGUGUAGCUGAACUCAGUACCAAGAGUCUGAUUUCUCAGUUUGGCAUUCAGUUGGUUCACAACUGGAUGUAUUCAGUCAGCGUUAUUUCACCCUAUUCCAUAAAAACCUAGAAUUGGCAUUGGAAAUGUUAUAAGACAAAAUGAUCCCUUAUAAAAUCAGGCUAC